AUGUACGUGAGGAUACUGUUCCUGACGCAGUAUCAUAGAAAUACAUUAAAAUUACGAACGAUUGAACGUUUUUCGCGUGCUAUUUGGACGGUAAUAUUUGUUUGCGCUUCAAUGGGAAUUCUCAGGUUUUUUGAACAUGGUGCGGACGUAUAUCAGUUCUGCCUUGAUACGCAGCCGGGCCCGUACUGGGCUACUCGAUGUAUGGUCACCGAUGGCGCCUUAAUAGCUAUUAUAAACCGCCGUUUCUGGAAAGUAGCUCUGCCAUUGGCCGAGUUUACAGCUCAGUUUAUAUUGCCUGGCCUUCUGCUUGUUGUGCUUCACAUCAGUUUCAUCCGUGAACCAGUUAUUGAUUUCGAUAACAGACACAACAGAUUUGGACGCAGCCCUCGGGAUCAGUCGCGCAUAUUGAUCACUGCUGUCACAAUUGCCUUUCUCAUUGUACAAAUCCCAACAGCUCUAUUCACUGUACUCACAUUAGCAGUCAAUCAUUUUAGCUCAAAUUUGAUCUUAUCGCGCGUUGCCCUAAUAUUUGCUCAUUUCCAACCUCUUCUAUCAAUGAUCACAAUUGUGGCAAACAAUGGCGCACUGCUUACCGCUUAUUACGUUAUUGUCAAGGACGAUGAUAUCGAUGUUGGCGAUUCCCAUGCUUCUUUCAGUAGCGAGGACAGCGAUACGCUUCUCGGCGUACAGUCCGCCACACACAGGUGA